CGCGAGCAACGAGGCAGGCGGCGGCGGCGGGUCCCGCUCUUUCCCCUGCCCGCUCCUCGCCCUCCUCUCGGCUCUCGCCGCCGCGGCGCCGGCGGCGCGCAGCGCAGCGCAGCUCUCCCGUCCCCGCCGCCCGCAGCCAUGUCGUCGGGCAGCACUCCCGAAUACGCCUCCUUCUUCGCCGUCAUGGGCGCCUCGGCCGCCAUGGUCUUCAGCGCCUUGGGAGCUGCUUAUGGAACAGCAAAGAGUGGCACAGGUAUCGCAGCCAUGUCCGUCAUGAGGCCCGUCAUGGCGGGUAUUAUAGCCAUCUAUGGCCUGGUAGUGGCAGUCCUCAUUGCCAACGCGCUCUCGCCUUCCAUCACGCUAUUCAAGAGCUUUCUUCAGCUGGGUGCUGGCUUGAGCGUGGGCCUCAGUGGCCUGGCUGCCGGCUUUGCCAUUGGCAUCGUGGGCGAUGCAGGUGUACGGGGAACAGCACAGCAGCCCCGAUUAUUUGUGGGCAUGAUCCUGAUCUUGAUCUUCGCUGAAGUUUUGGGUCUCUAUGGCCUCAUUGUUGCCCUUAUCCUCUCUACAAAGUAAAUGUCACAGUAUGAUGUAAAGAGAUAUAAGAAAUCCACAUUAAAAAAAAAAAGCUCCCGAAUGAAAAUGGUCUUUCCAAUGUGUACAGUUGUCCCAAUUUGGUAGUUGAUCUCUUGUAAAUGCGCAAUAUAUGUUAGUGACUUGUCUGUCAUGUGUGUACUUCAAUAUUAAAUUGGAUGGGCUGCUCCAAGCCUGCUCUGUGGCUUGGGGUGGCCUGUGUGCAAUUUUCCACCCAUUUGCUGUUAGUACUUUAUGUAUAAAUAUGAACUAGACGUGUAAUUUUUUUCUCUUCACUGGAUGUUUAUUUAUAAAAGACUUGACAUGUUCAUACACCUAUGGAGCAAGGAUUUUCAAUUUCCCAUGCUAUAUAUAUUAAUCUUAUAUAUAGGUAGAUUAUUACACUGUGGGGUCAAUUGUAAGUGCAGAGAAUUCCUUGGAUGUAAUUUUGAUUCUAAAGAUUGCUGUAGUGUCCUGGUAUUGGAGUAUGAGAAUUGUUUGUGUUAUAUUACA